AAAAGGCCCCCUUUUUUUAGUAAUAUCAGAAAUAGUCAAAUAUUCUUGGAGUCUCGUCUCUGUCUCUCUGCCCUUCCCCUCCACGCUUCAACUGAGGAAGCAAAUCAAAGCAAAGUCCGGUUUUCUCUGAGUCACAUCCUACACGAUUUAGGUCCACCUUCCACUAAAAUCUACCUUUUCCAACUUAGACUUCACACUUGGGUCUUGUUGGGUCUCUCUCUCAUAUUCUUCAUUUUCUCAAGAAAAUUUUCAUUUUUGCGCUACAUUUUUUUUCCACUGUACAACCAAGCAGGAGCUAUUCUUCAAUGGUCCGAGUAGGAAGACCCAAUUUGAAGCUUUACUAGUUCUCGUUGACAAUGGCCACUUCAGGUGGUGGUAGUUACAGAAAUGGGACUCACAGGAAUUCUCUGAAGGUGGAUAGGCCUUUCUCUAUGAACUCGAACCCCAAGACCUCUGUCAAGUCCAAGCCUUUGUCUUCUUCUGGGCUCCGCCGGAGCAGCACUGGCUCUAUCGGUGCCGCCAAAGACGAUGCUGGAGUUCCUGGAAGAGUUCGAGUUGCUGUGAGAUUGCGACCACGUAAUACAGAGGAAUUGGUGGCAGAUGCCGACUUUGCUGAUUGUGUGGAAUUACAGCCAGAGCUUAAAAGGUUAAAACUUCGAAAGAACAAUUGGGACUCGGACACUUAUGAGUUUGAUGAAGUGCUCACUGAGUUUGCAUCCCAAAAACGUGUUUAUGAAGUCGUGGCAAAGCCCGUUGUUGAGAGUGUCCUGGAUGGUUACAAUGGGACCAUCAUGGCAUAUGGGCAGACUGGUACUGGUAAAACGUAUACUCUUGGACGACUUGGAGAGGAAGACACAGCUGCUCGUGGAAUAAUGGUGCGUGCUAUGGAGGAUAUUCUUGCAGAUGUUUCUUUGGAGACCGAUUCUAUCUCUGUCUCAUAUCUUCAGCUUUAUAUGGAGACUAUACAGGACCUUCUUGAUCCUGCUAACGAUAACAUUCCUAUUGUGGAAGACUCCAAGACUGGCGAUGUUUCACUGCCUGGGGCUAACCUAGUGGAAAUCAGGGACCAGAAAAGUUUUGUAGAACUGCUACGAUUAGGGGAAGCUCACCGCUUUGCUGCAAACACAAAAUUGAAUACAGAAUCUUCUCGUAGUCAUGCUAUAUUGAUGGUACAUGUAAAGAGGUCGGUCAAGGGAAAACAUUCAGCUCUUUCAAGUGAAAAGGGUAGCAACCUCCACAUGAAAACGUUAAGGCCUGCCAUUGUUCGGAAGGGAAAACUAGUUGUGGUUGAUCUUGCUGGUUCAGAGCGUAUUGAUAAGUCAGGAAGCGAGGGACACACACUAGAGGAAGCCAAAUCUAUUAAUCUCUCCUUGAGUGCAUUGGGAAAGUGCAUUAAUGCACUGGCUGAGAAUAGUGUGCAUGUUCCUGUUCGUGAUUCAAAGCUUACAAGAUUGCUUAAGGAUUCAUUUGGCGGCACAGCAAGAACUUCGCUGGUUAUUACUAUUGGUCCAUCCCCACGUCAUCGGGGAGAGACAGCAAGUACCAUAAUGUUCGGACAGAGGACCACUAGCAUAUUCUGGAUGAUGUUCCUGUGUGCUGGGACCUCAAUUGUGUGGUUCAGGGCAAUGAAGGUGGAAAAUAUGCUGAAAUUAAAGGAGGAAUUUGAUUACAAAAGCUUAUCUAGAGGGCUAGACAUACAAUUAGACAAACUUAUUUCAGAACAUGAGAGGCAGCAGAAAGCUUUUGAGAAUGAAAUUGAAAGAAUAACUACAGAAGCGCAAAAUCGUAUUUCUGAGGUCGAAAGAAACUACGAAGAUGCACUGGAGGAGGAAAGAGUAAAAUAUCAGAGAGACUAUAUGGAAUCAAUAAAGAAACUUGAAGAGCAAUUGGUGAAGAAUCAGCAAAAACAUGGCUUUGAAAAAGUUCCAGUUCGAAGUGAGGACGAUUGCUCUGCUUUGACAUCUAACACAGAGAGUUCCAAGAUCUCUGCUGUUGAGGAAGUUUCUGAGCUGAAAAAACUACUUCAAAAAGAAAGUCUUCUUAGGAAGGCCGCUGAAGAGGAAGUUAAUAGUCUUAAAAGUCAACUAGCUCAAUGGAAAAGGUCAGAGGCAUCAGGGAACUCAGAGAUCAUAAAACUUCGUAAGAUGCUGGAAGAUGAGGCACUCCAGAAAGAGAAACUUGAAGGAGAAAUAGCAAUACUGCAUAGUCAGUUGCUUCAAAUAAGUUCUGAAGCUGAUGAGACAAGAAGAAGACUUGAUAGAGGUGGGUCUGGUAAAGUUCCUGGUGAUCUAGAUUCUCUCUUCUCUCAAGUUAAACUUCAACAGCAAGAGCCGGGAAAUGGGGAAAAGGCCUCAGUAGCCAAACUCUUUGAACAAGUGGGAUUGCAGAAGAUUUUGUCAUUGCUUGAAUCAGAAGAUUCUGACUUGCGAAUUCAUGCUGUGAAAGUGGUUGCAAAUCUGGCUGCUGAAGAAACAAAUCAGGAAAAGAUUGUAGAAGCUGGUGGUCUUACUUCCUUGUUGAUGCUUCUCAGGAGCUCUGAAAACGAGACCAUACAUAGAGUGGCAGCAGGUGCAAUUGCCAAUCUUGCGAUGAACGAAACCAAUCAGGAGCUCAUCAUGGGUCAAGGGGGUAUUGGUCUGUUGUCGAUAACAGCAGCCAAUGCUGAGGAUCCUCAAACGCUUCGGAUGGUUGCUGGAGCCAUUGCAAAUCUUUGUGGGAAUGAUAAGUUACAGAUGAAACUAAGGGGUGAAGGAGGUAUCAAAGCAUUGCUAGGAAUGGUCAGAUGCAGACAUCCUGAUGUUCUUGCACAAGUUGCUCGUGGAAUAGCGAAUUUUGCGAAAUGCGAGUCAAGAGCAUCUAUGCAAGGAACCAAGACUGGAAGGUCUCUUCUGAUUGAGGAUGGUGCACUUCCAUGGAUUGUACAGAAUGCUAACAAUGAAGCCUCACCAAUCAGGCGUCAUAUUGAGCUUGCACUCUGUCAUCUAGCACAACAUGAAGCAAAUGCAAAAGACAUGAUCAGCGGAGGUGCCUUGUGGGAGCUGGUUCGUAUCUCACGGGACUGUUCUCGGGAGGACAUAAGGACUCUUGCACAUCGAACUUUAACUUCCUGCCCUGCUUUCCAAGCUGAAAUGAGGCGUCUAUGAAUUAAUCAUUGGCAAACUUGUGAAAUAACUGAGGCAGCUGAAGUGUGCAUAGAUAGACAACCGAUCCAACUCAAGGAUUGAUCUUUCUCAAGGUGACAAGCAGGAUGCUGUGAGUUUGAUACUUCCAGCUGUAUUUGCCAAAGUUUUGUUUAUUAGUAGGGCAUGCUUUGAUUGUUUUCCUAUGAAGUUGAUUACACACGAUACCUCUACUUAGUAGGGCAUGCUUAUUAGAAGUGUAUCACCCAGGCGUGACCAUCUAUGUUAGCUAGUACUUAUAUAGCAUGUAAAUUCGAUUUGUAAAUGAAAUAAUUAGGAUUUUUUUUCUUUAAAAAAGAAAAUGAUCUUCUUGUUCUAUUAAGAUGUGAUCGGAUAGUCAUUCAAGGAGCACAUACUGAUUUAUUCUGGCUA